AUGGAGGAUGAUUUCGAGAUCGGCGGCGAGUCGCGAAGCUUUGUUAGCCCUGUUGCUCUGAGACGGGAGAGACAGAGACACAUUGACUCCUCCGGGUUACAAACUUCGAGCACCCAAGACGAUCCAGAGUUGGGGAUUGAGAUGUAUCGGAUGAGCGAUCCACCAGUGUCCCCAACAAGCACGACACUUCCAGGGCCAAGACUCCCCGCAGCAGCAGAAAACUUGGUGCGCAGCGCACUGGAGAGUUCAAGUACACUUUCUCUCAUUUCCCACGAGCAUGGGCCACCGUUGGUACCAAUGCCAAAGGCCUCUGGUGUCAAUUCUCAGACCGUCCCUGCUCAAACCCACAUCCGCGCAUUGCCCAACGAUGUUCCCGAGAUUAGCAGCGAGAUCGACGGAAUUUCCGAGACUUCUGCCGAAUGUCUCUUCGCGUUCCCCGGUAUCUAUCAAGAAACGCUAGCUCAGUGGUCCAAAGAAGGCAAAGUAAGCCAGUCUAGUGAUCAUGAUCUGCCUUCCAAUCAAGAGUUUGAGGAUCAUUCACGAAUCGAGCAAACCAAUGACACAAUCCGUCCCAGUUCGUCUGGCCUUUUUGCAACUCCGCAGAGUAGCACCUUGGCCCAAGAGGGAGCACAGCUGUUGAGCGGUGAUACGUCUUCCGAUCUAGAAAUUCCUGAUGGACCCCCCGAGGAAGGAUCUCCCAGCUCUGAGAGAUCAACUACAUACGAACCAAUUUUAGGCGCUGCUCCAAUGACAGGAGACUUCCUGCCUUUGCUAUCGCCGCAGAGUCAUAGUCAUAUUGCUGGCUAUGGCACCUUUCCCUUCGUCCCACCUGCUUCACUGCCCCAUGAUCUGGGACCCCAAGGUAAUGUGCUUGGAGUUCGUUGCAGUGGGUGUGAGAAUCCCCUGUUCACACCCGCCAACUCGACCUCGCCCGACUGGACGUCGACAGAAAUUACCUCAAGGAUGUCGAUAUCAAGUAACCCGUGGUCAAACCAGUGGUCCCCAAUCAACUCAAACCUCUAUACCACAAGCCCAACAGCUGAUCAGAAUGAAUUCUUCCUCGUGGAUGGAAAGACCAAUAGCCACCACCCUGACCGUGGAGACCAGCCAGUGAAGACAACACAUCGUAUCGGCAAGGAUGACAAUAUGAAAAGCGCAGCAUUGGCUCAAAAUCAAGAUGUCAUCUCAGCCCCUCGGAAUCCUGUCGGAAGAGAUCUUCAUGGCCAGAUAGACUUCGAGGACGAGUUCACCGACGACGAAUUUUACCCCGGGGGCUGUACUCUGCCCACAAAAUAUUAUUGA